AUGGAUCAAGACACAAACCCAGAGGCCGAGCAGUCAAUACUGGAAAAAACGAGACUGCAAAAAUCGCACGAACUUCUCACGUGCAUCAUCAGGACGCCGCCGUUUUCAUACAUCCAUUUAGAGCUUCUGACGAACCCACCGGAUGCUGCCGUCGAGCUCGACAAUCUCCAAGUCAAAUCUUACUGCACGGCUGCUUUGCGCCAGUUCCUUGGAUUAACAGGUACCGCGAUUCCUCUCGACGUGCUCAAAGUCAGCGGAUCUGAAUGUUGGAUCCGGGUGCCUCGAGAAGAUCUCGGCUCCUUUGCCGCCGCACUUACUGCGUGGAAGGGCACCAAUGAUGGAGGCAUUGAGUCUCUCCUACGAAUCAAGCAGUGCUCCGACUGGCUUGGCGCAAUGGUUGGGAGCAAUGGACAAGAACAGCUUUGGAACAAUUGA